AAUGAAUAGGUACUGUAGGGUAAAGAAACCAAAGAGUACGCACUACCAAAGAGUACGCAUUGCUCAUUACUCAUAAUAUUUUAUCUGUGUUGGCCACCCUGACAUCACUGUCAGUUGCCUGUGGCACGAGGAGCUAACAGACACGAAUUCUACUUGCUGAGAAAGCCACAAUGUCAGGUUAUAAAAGAAAAUCUGAAAGAAAACUAGUUUUCACUGAAGAUAUUUUGAGAGAAGUAAGAGAAAAGAUAGAACGGGGACAGAGCAAGAGGUCUGUUGCUGAGUCAUUGAACAUUCCGGAAUCCACUUUGAGAAAAAGACUAAAAGCAGGCACUAUUCCUCGCUCUUUAGGUAGAUUUUACAAUAUAUUUACUCGUGAGUUGGAUGAAAGUUUGGCAGAACAUUGUCGACACUUAGAUGUUCGCUUCUAUGGACUUACAAAAAGAGAGCUGGGUCGAAUGGCUUAUGAUUUAGCGGAAAAAAAUAACCUCGAUCAUAGAUUUAAUAAAGAAAAGAAAACUGCUAGCAAGAAGUGGGUAGAAAACUUUGCAAGGCGACAUCAGCUAAGUCUGCGUCAACCUGAGAAAACAAGCUUAGCUCGUGCUGCUGGAUUCAAUCGAGUUCAAGUACAAAGAUUUUAUGACAAUUUGAGAGAAGUUAUAACUAAAUACGGAUUUGUCGGUAGACAAAUAUAUAAUAUGGACGAGACUGGGCUACAAACAGUUCCAAACAAGUUGCCGAGAGUGUAUGCACAGAAAGGGAAGAAGACCGUAGGAAAAAUAGUGUCUGCCGAAAGAGGCCAAACCGUGACUGCUGUUUGUUGCAUGAGCGCCUCUGGAUCUUACGUGGCACCUGCAUUCAUUUUUCCUAGAAAGCGACAAAAGCCAGAAUUGAUGGACGGAGCUCCAGAUGACAGCUUACAGCUUGUGUCGGAUUCAGGUUAUAUGAAUUCCGAUUUAUUUGUAACCUGGUUACAACAUUUCGUCAAGAUGGCUAAACCAUCCAAGAAUGAUCCAGCUCUUAUAAUUCUCGACAAUCACUCUUCUCAUUUGAGUCUGAGUGCUAUAGAAUUAGCUCGAGAAAAUGGUAUCGUUCUAUUAAGUUUACCACCACACACGAGCCAUCGCAUGCAAUCUUUAGAUACAGGAUUUUUCGGACCCUUGAAGAAGGCAUAUGCUACAGCUUGUGACAAUUGGCAAGUCUCAAACAUUGGGCGCGCUAUCACUCAAUUUCAAGUGGCCCGAAUAUUUUGCACAGCAUAUAUGAAAGUGGCUUCAAUAGAGAGCUAAAAAUCUUUUGAAUCCUGCGGCAUCUGGCCAUUUAAUGAUCAACAUUUUUCAGAUGAAGAUUUUGCUCCAUCUGAAGUUACUGAUCGUCCCGAACCAAUGGUGGAUUCUUCACAAAUCAAUGACCCUAUUAUAACUUCUGCCAUUGCAUUAAUACAAGAAACUGAAGACAUGUCACAAACACUAGAAGACGGUUCUAGUGUUUGUGCUGGACCAUCUUCAGCCGUUAAUUUUCAAAACUAUGUCGUAAGUUCUGAUGAUCUACUAUUAGUCUAUACAGAUGAUGGCAAUAUGAUACCGCAAGCAGAUGAAACUCUUCCUCAACCCGAUAAUGACGUUCCGUUGAACGAAGCUCCCCCUAGUCCCAGUACUUUGCAAUAUUAUGAAUUAGAUACAUCACACGUAGAAAAAGAUAUCCAAACACCAUCCACCUCUACUUUUAUUAAGCCGUCCGAUAUCCACCCAUUACCAAAAUGUAAUUUUAAUAAAAAAAGAAAUAUCAAACUUAAAAAAUCAGAAAUUCUUACAAGUUCUCCCUACAAAACUCAGGUAGAAGAAGAUAUGAAACAAAAAGAAGUGAAGGCAAAGAAGAUCAAGAAAACAGUAAAAAAGAAAGGAAUAAAAAAUCCUGAAACAUCAAAGAGACCUACAUUGUUGACCACAAGCACGGGUUCUGAGGUAAUAAGGUGUCCUCUUUGCUCAGAAAUUUACGUAGAUCCUCCAGAGGAAGAUUGGAUCCAGUGCAGCAGAUGCGAAGCUUGGUGGCAUGAAGAAUGUACAGAUUACUUAGGAUUUGGAGUCUUUAAGUGCGAUAUUUGCCAAGGCUGAAGAUCUCAUAAUCGUGUUCAUGCGCACUCUUAGCUUAUAUAGAGCAUCCCUUGUGCGUCCUCUUAGCUACAAGGUACCUUAAGAGUGCGCAUGAUACACGUCCCCAAAAAUGUGAUUUAUUAAUUAGUCUGUAUUAUGUGAUUGUAUUUAAUAAUAAAAGAAAUGUUCCUAAAUAACCAAUGCCUAAAUAUAAUUAAAAUUCGAAACUAUUAAUGUGAAAGUUUAUUUAAAAAAAAUAAAAGUUUGUAACUUGCG